AGAAGCUUCAGCUCAGCUUAUAAGCAGUGUCCAUAUCUGCUCUGUCCAUGGCUGCUUGUGUGUCUUUUGCUUGUGUUCUUGGCUUCUUUCUCUGUUCUUUAAUGGCGGGUUCCAUCGAAUCCAGAAAUUUUCAUGACCUGUUCCAGCCAAGCUGGGCUUUCGAUCAUUUCAUCUAUGAAGGAGAGCUUCUUAAGCUUAGACUCGACAACUCUUCCGGUGCUGGGUUUUCGUCGAAGAACAAGUACCUGUUUGGGAAGGUCACCAUUCAAAUCAAACUCAUCGCCGGUGACUCUGCUGGAACUGUUACCGCAUUUUAUAUGUCAUCGGAGGGCUCGAAUCACAACGAAUUCGACUUUGAGUUUCUGGGGAAUACGAGCGGCGAACCUUACUCUGUUCAAACCAAUGUGUACGUUAAUGGCGUGGGGAACAGGGAACAGAGGUUGAACCUCUGGUUUGACCCAACCAAGGACUUUCACUCCUAUUCCAUCUUCUGGAACCGUCGACAAGUCAUUUUCCUCGUGGAUGAAACUCCGAUCAGAGUUCAUUCGAAUUUGGAGCACAGAGGCAUACCCUUUCCGAAGGAUCAAGCCAUGGGUGUAUAUAGUUCAAUAUGGAACGCCGAUGAUUGGGCAACGCAGGGUGGUCGGGUGAAGACAAAUUGGGCCCAUGCGCCGUUCAUAGCAUCAUACAAAGGCUUUGAGAUCGACGGCUGCGAGUGUCCAACGACGGUUGCGACGGCGGAUGUUGCUCGGAAGUGUAGCAGCGAUGGGGAGAAGAAGUAUUGGUGGGACGAGCCGACAAUGUCUGAGCUGAAUCUGCACCAAAGCCAUCAGCUGGUUUGGGUUCGGGCUAGGCAUAUGGUGUAUGACUAUUGUACGGACAGUGCGCGGUUUCCUGUUACUCCUGCUGAGUGCGUUCAUCACUCCCACCGCCAUUGGUGAUGGAAGAAAUGGGACAGUGCUUACCAAGAAGAAGAAGAAACAUGUGCUCCAUGUUUUGCUUUUGAAGUUUAUGAUGGCCAUAAUGUAAUAUGAAGCAAUGAUGGUUUAAUGUAUGAAAUGAUUAGCAUUUUUUUAUC